GACUAUGCCUCACGGUUUUGCUUAACCUCACGUCGGGAGAAACGAGGCUAGUAUUUAUUUAUUAUUUUACGAGGACAAAAAAAAAAAAAAAAAUAUAUAUAUAUAUAUAUAUAUAUAUAAAGUAAAGAUAAAAAAGGAAUACAGAGGAAAACAGAAAUAACAGUAGAAAAGAAAGGAUAGAAUACUGGGAAGGAAGUGCAGCAAAUUCUCAGUAUUCAUCACAUUAGGCUUGGAAGUGGAUCAGCUCAGCUCUUAAAAAGUAACAAACAAAAUCCAACAAUUCUUAUCGCUCCAAAAGUCGCAGAAAUGGAUUUGUCGGAGCUGUGGGCAAUAUUCGGGCCAGGAGUGGCGGGCGCCGUAUUCGGCGCCGGGUGGUGGUUCUGGGUGGACGCCGUCGUUUGCAGCUCCGUCUCGGUCUCCUUCGUCCACUACCUUCCUGGAUUUUUUGCUUCUUUUGCGGCUCUGAUGUUCAAUUGCGUUAGGAAAGAAGACAUCGAUUACUCUCCCUACGAAGAAGGCGAGUGGAGAUUGAAGCUUUGGCUUUUCUUCGCAUAUGUUGUGUCCUUUGUAUCUCUAGCGGCAUCAGUGGGCCUAUUAAUACAAGAUUCACUUGUAACAACUGGCCCUUCUGUGUGGACAGGAACUGCAGGUGUCUUGCAAUGUGUGUUUGUGUUGAUCAGUGGGCUGAUUUAUUGGACUUCUCACCCAGAGUAAACUAAUGUGAAUCAUAUGCUUUCCAUUUGGUGCUUGAAAUUACAAGUGGGGUAGCCAUUUGUACAUGUAUCUUUUUACUUAUUCAAUCAAUGAGAUGGAAAAUAGUUCACCUUAUGUAAAUGUGUGUUUUGGUAACAAUCUUGAGCAUCAAAGUAAACCCAAGGCAACUCUUGAAUUUGUGA